UACAUAGCGUUGGGAGUGCCCAAAGAUGCCACUCCUGCCGCCAUCAAAACCGCUCACCGCAAGCUGGUCUUGAAAUUCCAUCCCGACAAAGUCACCGAUCCGGCCGCAAAGGAAGCAGCAUCAGAUCAGUUUCAUCGAAUCCAGACCGCGUAUGAGAUCUUGAUCGACGAAGACCGGAGAGGACGAUACGAU